AUGACUAGCUUUCAAGAUAUUAUUAAAACUCUUGUUCUUAAGCCAGAUGAAUUUACCGCGGUUCACGCGCGAGCCGCGUUAGUUGAGAUGAUGGAGCGACGAGUGACAUCAGCUCAGGUUGCUACUUUUUUGGUCGCCUUGAAGUUAAAUAAUAAGGAAUAUGAUCCAGAGAUAAUUGCUGCUUGCUCUGAAUCCUUACAUAAAUUUGCCUUGGAAAUAGACUUUUCAUUGUAUAAUGGUUUACAUGAUUCUCUUAUCGAUGUGGUUGGAACUGGUGGCGAUGGAAUGAAUACUUUUAACGUUUCGACCACUGCAGCAAUAGUCAUUGCUGGUGCUGGGUGCAAAGUAGCUAAAAUAAUAAAACAGUCUGGUAACAGAGCUGCUUCAUCGAAAUGUGGAUCUGCGGACAUUCUUGAAAAAAUCGGAUGUGAAAUCUCUAAUGUAACGCCUUCAAAUGUUCCACAUAUAAUUAACUCUACAAAUUUUUGUUUUCUUUUCGCGCAAACUUUUUAUCAUGCUGUAAAGCACGUGGCGGACACGCGACGCGAGAUUGGUAUACCAACCAUAUUCAAUUUAUUAGGACCUUUGAGUAAUCCAACAAGGCCUAAACGAGUUGUAAUGGGUGUACAUUCAAAGUUUUUGGGAAAAAUAAUAGCUAAUGUAUUGGCAUUAAAGGGGGUUGAGGAAGCCAUGGUAGUUCAUGGUGCUGUUGGAUUAGACGAA